GCUCAGUAUUUCUUCCUGAUUUGCUGCAAGGUUUCUGAACGAAUUAAUAACACUGCGUAACUGAGUUAAUAUUCAUAGAGGAGCCUUAAAGCGCUGUAAAUAGUUAGACUUUUAUUUUAAAACAUCAGAAGCCAUUUUCUGGAGAAUCAGCUCGGAAUCGGGUGGUGUUUGUUAUGGUUUGGGUUCAGGGUCUGGACACUGACAGCAUGUUUGUGUUUCCGCUCUAAACACUCAUGCGCUCUCUGACGAUCUCCUGGAUAGUUAAGUGGUUCACCCUGAUUACUAUAUGGAGAAGGUCCGAAAGAUUCUAGUUCAUCUGUCGAAGGAAAACGCCGCUCCGCAGUGCGCGCGAUUCGUGCAGAGCAUAACUGGACACUUUGUUGGGAGUGAGGAUCAAGUAAAUGUGAGCUGUUCUUUGGAGAAUAACAGAUUUAUUUUAUGUGACCGAUUGUGUGAUGGAGGAGUUCCUCUGAAGAGGGCGUCGUUUUGCCCCAUCAAAUACCUGUCUCACUCAGAGGCAGUCUCCCUGCCUCCAGACACCCUCAGCCGUGGGGUAGACGUGGGCGUGGCUGUGCUGCUGCAGUCCUCCAAUCAGAGACUGUUGCUAACGCGUCGUGCCUCCAGCCUCCGGAUCUUCCCCAAUGUUUGGGUUCCACCUGGAGGCCAUGUGGAGCUGGAUGAAAAGCUGUUGGACGCAGGACUCAGGGAGCUCCAGGAAGAGACUGGUCUGAAACUGAGCCCUGAUGAGAUCUCCUCUCAGCUGCUCGGCAUGUGGGAGUCAGUGUAUCCGCCCAUGUUGUCCAGAGGACCACCUCAGAGACAUCAUGUUGUGACGUACAUGCUUCUGAAGAGCUCUCAAUCACACCUGCAGCUUCAGGCUUGUUUGCGCCCAGAUCCUGCUGAAGUCAGUGCGUGUGUGUGGGUUGAUGCAGGUUUGGUGAAAGCUGUGGUAUCUGCUGUAGAUGGUGAGAAGGAUUCUGUUAGAAUACCAGCUGACCUGCCACAGACCAUCAGUGUGACGGAGGUGUCUUCACGCGGUGAGCUGAGCGAGACCUCUCUGCCCGUUUCUUUGUUCUGUAACCGGGCCCCAGAUCAUGGCGAGGACAUUGAACGAGUCAGCACCGGAACCAAAUUUGCAUUAGAACUGUGGUUGAAAACACUGGAGUCUCAUGCUGAGAUGGGCUGACCACAACUCUCUGCCAGCUUCUGUUUAUGUUUGUUACCAUUUAACCAGUGCCUUGAGGAAGACAGCACCACCUGCUGGACUGGAGCUAUUUCAGCAGGGCAUGUUAUUCAGGCACAACAUUAAAAUCUAAAUUUUGCCAUAAAGCCUCGACAGCCUUAGAAUAACAUUUUUCAUUACAAUAUGAUUUUAUAAUAAUCAAAAUGUUUAUUUAACCCUUGUCAGUGUGCAAUAUUUUUCAGCAUUUUUUAAAAUUACAACAAACAUCUCUGCCUACCACAAGGAGAUGGUAGAAACUGUGUCCCCUCUGCUAAAGCUGGCAAAUUAAAGUUGGUUUAAAGGUAAAUUAAUUAAUUUUUCUACAUAAAGGUGUUGAGAUCAGAUCUGAA